CCAAAAAUCAAGAUGGACGAAGAAGCUGUUGGAGCGACAGACAAUAUUGUGACAGAAUUUGCUACAUAUGAAGACUUUCUUGACAGUCAAAUAACUCCACUAGAUCUCUACUACCUCGAGGUAUUGUUGGUCUUAAUUUUAACUUGUUUCUUACUCGAAUUAACCAUACAUCUCUUCUUCGAGCGAACGUUGUAAAACCAUGAAGUCUAGUUUUCUAUCCUUCUCUAGCUUCCGUAGAAUAUAGGGGAUCGACUCAUCGAUAUCUACAACAGCAAAUUGCAAAUUGCAAUUUAAUAAUAGGUGAUAAAAAAUAAAACAAAACACUGUUAAACUCAAGCUAGACACGAGCAGAGGCCCUUCAAUCUUCCUAGAUGGUCAGGUAUUUAUUAAAUAUGCAGUACAGCUGUAUAUGCAGAAAAAGGCCUCCUUUAUUACUAAUCAGCCAAACGCCACAAAGAUAUAAACAUACAGAGAUCUAUUUGUUUUAUUUUUCGCUAACAAUAAGCUAAACUUUGAACUCUCGGCCACUUAAUACAACAUGGACAUAAACACUGUACAUGCAUCUUAAAAUCCCAACAUAAACAUCUUAAAAACUGCUCCUGCAGUCGCCAAAAAAAGAAGAAGUCUAGCUCCACAAUCUGAAUGUAUCAUUUCUUGACAGCAUGGUCAGUCCACUAUUCUAAGCUACUUUCUCUGGUUGCAAACAGUAAUAAUAUUUUAAGUCAAUCAAAACAUGACUAUCUUUACUGUGCGUCAGAAAAUUUCCCAGUGUACACUGUACCAAAAAGAGUAAGUUAAUUUUUCCUUCUUUCUAGUGCCUUGGACGAUUUGUAUUUAUUUAUGUUUAUAGGAUGAGGAACUGGCUAGACAACUUGUUGAGCUGGGCUACAGAGGUAGUGGAGAGGUCAGUAAAUUUAGAUCUCAUAUCAUACCGUGUUAGCCUGCAGUGCAGGUGUUUUCAUCAGGCGCACGAAUGUUUUACUUGCAAAAGCACAUGUUGAAACUCGAAAAAAGGGGAGAAAAUGGGGCGAGUUGAAAGGAGCGGGGUAGGGGGCGGGAAGAGAGAAGAGACAACUAUUUUCCUCCCCUCCCCCUCCACCUUUCCUUCUUUCGCCCUAGCACCUACCCUUAGGGUUACUAUUUUUACUCUCCCUAACCUUCCUCCGUCGUAACAAAGAUGGCGGUUACAACAGUACGAACAUAAACAACAGGGUUCGCACAGUCUUGAAAAGUCCUUGAAUUUUAGGGGAAGUCCUUGAAAAGUCCUUGAAUUCCUUUUUUUCUUGAAAAGUCCUUAAAUUUCUAUGCAAGUCCUUGAAAAGAGCUUGAAUUUUCUUCAACUUUGAAUGUAGUAGCCUGGAAAGAAUUUUUUGAUGCUUUUUGGUUGUCCCAAGACAGAAUAUAAAUCGUAGCUCAGUGAAUGUAAAGGUCAUUUACAUAAAGUGCUCCAUGUUUUAUGCAAUAAUUAACUAUCAGUUUAAGACAAGUGAACUGAAAAAUGUAGAGAAUUUGGUGAAGCAAACAGUUAAGGCCUUAAAGUCUUAUUAGAAUAUACUGGGAAUAUGCAUUUUUGUACAAUCUGUGAAAUUAUAUUCCUAGUAGGUUGUCCUUGAAAAUCUAAUGUGGUCCUUGAAAAGUCCUUGAAAAGUCCUUGAAAAAUGGUUGCAAUUUUUUGUAUGAACCCUGAACAAGCAGCUUUCGUUCGCCCAAAAUACGCCUGCACUGCAGGCUAAUACAGUGUAUGUGAUAUUGCUGGAUAUAAUAGAUCCCCAGCAGUGUAAGCAGGCAUGACAAUAUAGGAUAAACUUUAAUUUACAAAGAAACAGUCCAGAAGAGGAUGUAUUUUUAAAGAAAAAAGAAGGAAAGAAAAUAUAUGAUAAUUUUGUCGGGACAUUGGAAACUGUCCAUAAUAUAGAGGUGUCUGUCUGGAGAGGUUCAACGAAUUGGCAUGCAGAAUUGCAUUUUGAAUGUCCCUUCAACCUGAUUGGCAAUUUAAUUAUGCCAUUUUUAACAGGCCAAUCAUGGUAUGUAUUCAAAUCCAUGCAUACAGGUGGAGGCCCAGAACAAAGAUUUUGGCACUGUUUUUGCAGACAAACUUUGUAACCAGGGCCGGGUUGUUCAAAGCUGGGUUAAGAUAACCUAGGGUUAGUGUGAAACUUGAACUCAGCUAUGAGAGCUUAAAAGACAAAUCCAGUUUAAUUUUCUUUGCCUACAAUUUGAUGAUUGGAUACUCUAAAAGAAUAGAGAAAAUUAUCCGAGAGAGUGCUUUUGAUGAAAAGAAAAAGAAGCCCGGGUUAAAAUUUAACCCUAGGUUAGCGUCAACCGGUCUUCGAACAACCGGGACCAGAAGUUUAGUUUCAUCUGGCACAGGCAGAAGAGGAUUGAGUAUCUUGGGAAGUUAAGACUCACAAGUCACAAGAGAUUAUUAGAUGACAUUUCCUUACACGCGCAGUGUAUUUUUUAGAAACCUUGAAUACCUGAAAUAUUUCGGAAAUGUUGAUUUGCAAAAUGACCAAUCACAACAAAGUUCUUGACAUGUGAGCAAACCACAAACCACAAACUAAUUUGAAUUACUUUAAUUUUAAAUUGGCUUUUUCCUUGCAAUGCAAUAAACAUUUGUGGUGUUAUCUGUCUGCACAUUUUAUAGCAAUAUAUCUGUUCCACUUGAUAGGUUCUCAAAAGGGAAGAAUUUGAAGCCAGAAAACAAGCUGCAGAAGCAAGCAGACUUUCCAAGAGAAGUCAACAAAAGUAAGAAGAAGUGGACUCUUACUAAGUGUAGUUACUUGAUUUAACAGUUCUGCAUACCUUUCCUCCCCAUCCUAAUGAGCCAUCCCUUCUAAUAUUUGCCCCCUCUCUGAGCUGCUGGUAUGUAAAAAAAAAAACAGUUUCCAAUAAGACCCCAUCCUGAGAAAUACAGGUACAUGUAACUAUUAAACAUUAUGUGAUAAUGAUGAUAAGAUAAUACAUGUUUUGUAAGUUUUUGUAGCAACUGUGCUGCAAUGAAAAAUCAAGCAAACCAGACUGUUUGAUGAAGGUUAGAUGUUGUAGAGUUCUGCAUAAUAAGCAGGAGACAAGAGGAGCCCCCAAUCCUAAUCUUUAGGUUGUUAUUACGCGUGCACUCCGUGUAUGUAGCCAGCAUUCAUUUGGACUUCCACCUAGAAUGAAUGGAAUGUACAGAAUGCAAUUUGAUCAUGAGCAUCUCGACCUUCUACCCCUUGUAAUUUGAUCGCACGUGUUUUGGCCAUCUGUCAUGUGAAACUUACUCAAAAGCAAAGCGUUAGAUCAUAUUAAAGCGUUAGGACCUUUGAUCGUUGUUGCCCACACUCCCUAAGCUUUGGUGGACUUUUUUGCCUAAUGGCUGAUUUAAUCGGUCCUCAUGAUAUGGUGUCCAGAAUAAAGAGAAUUGGCUGUAUUUCCAAGAGAAAAAAUAUAUAUAUAUAUAUUCAAAAUUUAUUUAGCACUGGCCAGCUUCUACAUAAUUAUGUAAUAAGCCCCACACCCUCUCCUUCUAAUAGCCGCCAGGCCCCAAUUGUUCCAAAGUUGGAUAAUGCUAUUCCACUAGAUAAAUUCAUAUCUUAUGCUUAUUAUCCACUGGAUAGUUAUAAAUAGCUAAUGGAUAGUGCUAUCCACCUUUUGAACAACCAGCAGCGCAAGUUGGUAAGUACUCCAUGCUGAGUAUUAUACCGCUGUCGAUAACAUUUAAUCAAAAUACAUCUAACAGUGGUGGCUUUUAAAUUCUGUGCCUGAUUUUUUCUGAGGGUGAUUUAAUUUGUUUGUUUGUUUUUUUUUUUAUUGCAGAACUUUAGCUAGUUCAGGCAAGGAACUCAAAGAUCCAUUUUUGAAGGCUCUAGCACAGCGUGAAGAAGCAAACAGAAGUGGAAAAAUGACAGUAAGUAAUGUACAAUAUUUUCAGUGGUUUAAAGCUAACCUGUUGAUAUACUGUAACUAAAGAGGCCUUUCAAUUUAUAAAACUUAAAUAACAGUUAUAGGUUGUCAUUUCGUUUGUAAAUGAAAAGAAUUUAUUCACAGUACCUAUCUUGUAUUAGUACACGACAAUAUGCCUAAUUUGAUGUAAACAUAGGCUAUCCCUACCCUCUUGUUUUCACUCAUCAUUUGUUAUUAAUUUCAGUUUCUGUUGGAAAGAUAGAAAGGCUGUGUACAUUGUAACUUAAAGAACAUAUUUUUUUAAUCCUUAAUCCCCUAAAAAAUGACAAGACAAAAAGGACAGAACAUGUGUGUAAGUGCUUAUUAAUUGAUAUUAAUAAACAGUUUUAGCAAUUUUUAAGGCAAAAGAACAAACAUUUCCAACAAAAUGUCAUUAAAGCAAAAAUCAAUCAGAAAACAAUGACCAUUGUACAUGUAUGUUGUGUAUUACUACAAUGUACACCCUAUUGGUAUUUGAUACCUACACUGUAUUCUUCAGUUGUAAAUAUCAUCAGUACAUACAUCUACAUGACUGUAGUGAUCAUAUUGUUCAAACUAAUGCAUUGCUAUCUUAUCUUCAUUUCUUUAAUAAUUCAGACCGUAAUCUUCAUCAGAGAUAAGAAUGCUAGGGGACAGGUAAGUUGGUGGUCACUUUUUUAUUGAUUGGAGUGGCUUUUUACCCCUCUUUAUCUGUACACAGACGUUGUUUUCUUUUCCUUUUCGAAAUUUGGCGAGGACACGAGCAAAGAUAGCACAAGAGAGCGAGUGCAUAGCACGAGGUACUAGCGGUCAAUAAAUCCCUCGUGGGUAAUUUUCAUACGGGCGUGCGACGACCUCUAUAGAGAUUUAGAGGCUCUGUGAACAGGUUAUACCCUUCUUUGCCUUUUGUGCCAAAAUCAAGCAAGGAAUUGCUUCCCCAUGAGAACUAGUCUGCGAGAAUGGCUUCUGCUCAACAUCGUGUAUGUGCAUGUAGCUUACUUAUCUUUUGUCAAUAGUCAUUUCCCAACAACGCAAUCUUUUUCCACUAUUCGCAGGAAAUCUCUGGCUACAUUGACUUUGCUCAUCGCUUGAAGGUAAAAAAGGAAUGAAGUAUUUUAAAGGUUCAGUAGCGAGUAAAACACCAGGCCCGGUUCCUGAAAGGUCGAUUAGCGCUAAUCAAGGAUUAAAAUUUUGUUCCUUCUUUGUAUUUUACCUUCCUAUGUAUUGCUGGGAUGAGAGUCACAUUUUUUUUUAUCAUUUUCCGUAUAUCGGAGUGAAGGCUCAACAGUAUGUUCUUAGACAAGAAAACCUGGCCUUGUUAAAAUUUGGCUUAAUCCUGGGUUAAACUGAACCAUCUUUCGAGGAACCGGUCCCUCAGUUUACAUGUAGUUGUUCACCAUAUUGAGCUUCUUUUUAGAUCUAAUCGAGCUCUUUUGGAAACAAACAAACAAAAAAGAAUGCGAUUCACGCGGCAGGAUUAGCUCAGUCGGUGGAGCACUUGACCGCAUGCAGAGCGGGAGGUCGCGGGUUCGAUUCCCGGGGCCGGACCAAUACUCAGGGUCUUAAAAUAACUAAGAAAUGGAGGUACUCCCCUUGCACUGCAAGAGGAUAGACCUUCGCGUGGCUCGGAUGACCACGUAAAAUGGCGGUCCCGUUUUCAUUAGGAGACGUUAAAAAAAUAGUGCCCCCCAAUUAGCACUUCGUGCUAAAUAGAUUGACACUCAAAUAAUGUGCAUUUUUUUUUCACGCACAAGAGAAUUACCGCAAUUUUGGCUUCACUGUUCAUUUUAAUCAUGAUCAUCCCCAAAGAUAUACAGUGUUGAUUGUGGAGGUAUAGUUAUAAAGAGAUAAAGACUUGAGAAAUAAGACUGAGUUUUGCUGAGGGGAACGUACAGCUCCAUGUGGUAACAAUCCAUACUAAGUAACUUAUUAGCAUCAGGUUCGUCAUAUGGGCCAGGGGACUUCAACGUUUUACUUGGGCCUAGGUAUCGGCUGUUACUUACAAAAGGACAAGGUUAACUUAACAACCUUGUUCCCAAUAAAGAUGACGUAGUAUCACGUGGUUGAGGAAUAAGAGAGCUUUAAAUUUGGGGAAGAGGACGACUCAAAAAAAUCGACACCCCGGAAGGAUUCGUUGCACGCUUUUUCACCAUAAAAAUUUUAAUGAUGGCAAGAGCUUUAAUCCCUUACUCGAACGAAAAAUGAUCAAACUUUUAACAUUUGAUAACUUUCGAUAAAACCCGUAGAUGAAUAACAGUGGCUACCACGUUUUCCCGCCAAAAUGUACCUGAUCCACGCGCGCACACUACUUAGUAUUGAGAAUUUCUCGUCCUCGUAAUCGUUUUUGUCUUAGAAUCUAAAGAUCUCUAAUAAUAAGGUUGACGACUCCACAGUUGCUUCAGUUCAAGGGAAUAUAAGACCUUUAUGUUCUCUAGUUUAGUCUCACCAAAACCAAGAGUUACUUUUCGUGGAGGUUUCUUCUCACGCUGCACCCUUCUUGAUGGUCGCUUUCAUUUGUAACCCCGGGCGUGGCUAGAAAUUCUCCAGGGGUACGCACAGUGUUCUAAAUCAACCCUACCCCGUCUCCCAAAUCGUUUGGACGAGGAGAGCUUGACUAAUUUUCCAUUUUUUAUCAGUAUGGUGGAGUAAUUUCUUCUCUUGGUCUUAGGACCGAGUUGUUCAGGCAGCAGGAAUGGCAAAAUCGGAAAGAAAUCUCCGCAUUUUGUAUUGAAACAAUUAUCUGAAAAAAGUUAAUGCCAAGUUACGCAGCCGUUUUUCAGCUAUAAUUUAUUGAUUUCUCUUUUGUUAUUUUUUUAUUUAAUAUUAUUUUAUUGGCGGGGGGGGGGGGGCUGGGCGGUUACGCACAGUGGCGAACACGCCUGUGGACAUCCAUAGCCUGAGAAAGCAGCCGACAUUUUGCGAUGCAGAUCUGGGUAGUGCUUCUGAUUGGUUGAAGCAAAUUUCCCACGCAGCACCACCAAUCAAAAGCACUACCCAGGUCUGGGUAGUGAUACAUCUUCAGUAUAGCAUUUCUGCGCUCUUUCCUCAUACGUCUUUUUGGGGGGGAAAUAGUUGACGUCACAAAAUGUCGGCUGUUUGCUUAGGCUAGGACAUUCAGUGCAUAAAUCCAAGAUACAUGCUGUAAAAUUGCUGUGAAAGAAAAAAAGUGGUUUUUGGAAUUCGCACUUGUUUCUAGUUUCUUGUUGCUUUUUUUUAAAAUUAUGCCGAAACUUUGCUCUAAGCGAUGCAAAUAAAAGCUAAAUGUUAAAUGUUUUCUUUUUCUUUUUCUCAGACGGAAGAUUUUGAACCGUACUUCACUGGAAGAAAGCGUUUACUGCCCAGACCUUCUGAUUUAAGCUUCUACAACUGGGAAACUCAAACUGCAACCUCAAAUCCCACGCCUAAUUACCAGGUAUGUAUUCCUUCGUGCUUUGUUCUGUCGGUUAUCCUGUUCCAUUGGUCGGAUUUUCCAGAUACAGUUGAACCUCCAUGUGCGACCACCUCCCAUAAGCGACCGCCUUCCAAAACACCAAAAUUUCCUUAGUCAAAGCCUUACAGUUGGAACCUCUGGUAAACAACGACCUCUUGUGAGCCUCCGCGACCACUUUUUAGGCCUGAAAGCUUAAUGAUUUUCCAUUGUUUUAACCUCUUGUAAGCGACCACUUGACGCAUUCUCUGAUCUCUAUGUUUGCUGUUUGCACUAUGUUACUUAGAUUUAGUGACAACAUGGAACUACACAUGUCGUAACUAAGACAUUGUAUGCAAGAAAUUAUCUUCGAUAAGGUAGAUGUGCCUGGACCUCUUCUCGGAAGAGGUCCCCUGUGGUUCGAUUCUUGUAAACGACCCUAUCCCGUAAGCGACCACUAAGUCUGCAUUUUGGGUGGUUGUUUACAGGAGGUUCUACUGUACAGAAAAUUUGUUGGUUAGGGUAAUGAGGAAAUCUUAGCCAGGGGAUUUGAGCCAAUCAGAAACGGAGAAGUAUGUUGAAUGAAUAAUAAUGCCCAAUAACCAACUCUUAACUUUAUUAGAAUGUUUCUCCGUGUCUGAUUGGCUGAUUGGACAAUGUAUAAUGUACGAUAAUAAGAAGUGAAAAAAAAAGAAAACUUUAAUAAUAGAAAGGGGGAGAUUUUACUCACAUUCUCACACGGCCUGGUACUGAUUUAUUAUUUUCAGGUUAUAGCAGAAAAUCCGUCUGGUUUGCUUUUUAAAAAUAAGAGAGACAGGAAAAUUCUCAACGUGGAUCCAAAGGUACAGCUGAAAAAUGCAAAUUAUUAUAAUUUAUUAUACUUAAAGAUGCUUUCCACAAAGUGGGAUCGACCCUUGCGAUUUAAAAAACUUCACGGAUCAAUGAACCAUCACCUAAUUGAACACUCCAGAAAAUACUAUAACAUACCAUAAUGCUUGUUGUUUGUCAUCCCAAAAUUUUGCAUAAGGAUUGUCUUCAGUUUCUCUUGGGAGUUAAAAUGGCCCAAAAGAAACUGAAAACAAUUCUUAUGCAAAAUUUUGGGCUGACAAACAAAGAACAUUAUGGUAUGUUAUGGUAUUUUCUGGAGUGGUCAAUUAACGACAUUGAUUGAAUGUCUAAUUGAAGUUUUCAUCUUUUUGUUUUUUGUUUGCUUGUUUAUUUGUUUUUUGGUUGGUUUUUAAUUAUCACUGUUGCAAGCUGACUGUAUUUGCAGGCUAACCCAUCCAGAAUUUUUUUAAAAAGCAUACCGAAAAAAAUUUAUUACAUUGUGUGAUUAGAUUAACGGGUCUGAUGAAAUCAGCGCUUUUUGCAGCGUUGUCCGAUUUUAGUCCUUUUGCUUCUACUCUUCGAAUUUAUUUAUUGGUUGUUUGCACAUGUGUACAUUGGGGACCAAUGUUUUUUCCUUCUUCUCUUCAACAGGCGGUAACCCCGGGCGAUAACUCCGCACGAAUCUCGAUUGAAACCUCAAAAUACACCCAGGUGGUUAUUUACGAUCACAUUACUCGCAGAAAGACAUAA